AUGGCCGGACUGGUCAUGAUGGUCAUAUCAUGGUGGACAUAUGAGGUGGGAGUGUUUCUCAGUGGAUUACUGGGAGAGGUUCAGCUAGCUGCAAUGGCGAUUACUUUCCAGUUACAAGUUCUGUUCUGUAUGUUCCCUGCCGGUGUGUCCGUGGCAGCCAGUGUACGGGUCGGGCACAAUCUUGGGGCGGAGAAUGCAGAUGGCGCCAAAACAUCUCAUUGGACGGCGCAGACGUUAUCAUGGAUGAUCUACCUAUUGGCGGGCACUCUCGUUCUGUGUCUCCAAAACUUUCUUCCCUUAAUGUUUUCUCACGAAAGCGACAUUACAGAACUGACGUCAAAAACUAUUCUUGUGCUGGCUGCAGUGAUGUUUAUAGACUCAGUCACAGUAGUAAACGGUGGAACAUUUCGAGGCUGUGGUCGGCAGUACUUAGGAGCCGUCUGUAACUUUGUGGGUUACAUCCUAAUCACCAUACCCUUAGCGGCAGUGCUCAUGUUCCCCGCAAAAAUGGGAGCUGUGGGCUUUUGGAUGGGUUUGGCGAUAGGAAUAACACCAGUUGCAGUCUUCUACAUCAUCAUAAUGCUGUAUACAGACUGGGGGACGCAGGUGGAAAAGGCUCAAAAACGAAUAUCUGUUCCCGGCAAUAGUUGCGAGGCUCUGGAUACCAAAACAGGUAUGUCGUGA